AUGGAUCAUUUAGUCUUGAACCUGCGACAAACGAUUGCAGACAGUAGACUCAGUGAGUGCAGUAGUGUAUAUCAAGCAUCAUGGCGAGAAGAAAUGAUGUUGAUCGAGUCAAAGAUUGUCCAAAAUGCACGCACGGCGUUCCGAUCUGGCAAAACCCAAAGUGUUGACUUCCGUCAACAGCAACUACGAGCAUUGCUGAAGCUUACUCGCGAUCAUGAAAAAGAAAUCUGCGACGCAAUUUUCAAGGAUUUACACAAACCAUACGAAGAAGCUUUAGUGUCGGAAGUAGCUUUCCUACGCAAUGAGCUCAUCGCUGCUAUACAGGAACUACCUCAAUGGUCCAAACCUGAACGCGUCAAGAAGCCUUUCCUUCAUCAGUUUGAUGAAUGCAUGAUAAGACCUGAGCCACUUGGCACUGUAUUGGUAAUGGGUGCUUGGAAUUAUCCAUUUCAACUUCUUUUAUCUCCAGUUGUAGGAGCUAUCGCUGCAGGUAAUUGUGUUAUUAUGAAACCUUCUGAAAUAUCGCCAAAUACCGCAUCGAUCGUAGCGGAGCUGAUACCCAAGUAUUUAGAUAAUGAUUGCUAUCCGGUCAUAUACGGUGGUCUGGAUGUUUCAAAAGCUACUCUUGAACAACGUUUCGAUCAUAUCUUCUAUACUGGUGGCAGCGCUGUUGGUAAGAUUGUAAUGGAAGCGGCUUCGAAACAUCUGACUCCUGUCAUUUUAGAAUUGGGUGGAAAGAGUCCCUGCAUUGUUGAUGAUAACUGCAAUAUUGAUGUUGCCGCUCAGCGUAUUGCCUGGGGUAAAUACAUCAAUUCUGGUCAGACAUGCAUUGCCCCUGAUUAUGUGUUGUGUACUAAAGCCGUUCAGCCGAAGUUGGUGCAAGAACUAAAACGAUCAAUUGAAAAAUUUUACGGAGAAGAUCCAAAGAAAUCAGCAGAUUUUUGCCGUAUGAUCAGCCUCAGACACCUAAAGAGAGUUGCUGGUUUAAUUGAUGAAAACAAGGUUGCAGUUGGUGGAGAAGUUGAUGAGAAUGACAAGUUUAUAUCUCCCACCGUUGUCACUGACGUAAAACCGGAAGACGCUAUUAUGCAAGAAGAGAUAUUUGGACCAGUGUUGCCUAUCGUUCCCGUAGCCAACGUUGAUGAAGCAAUUGAACUCGUAAAUUCAAGGGAAAAGCCUCUCGCCCUUUAUGUAUUUUCAAACCAAAAAUCUUUCCUGGAUAAAGUGAUACAAAAUACAACCUCAGGAGGUUGCCUGGCAAAUGAUACACUCAUGCAUAUCUCACUAAGUACACUGCCUUUUGGUGGUGUGGGUUACAGCGGAAUGGGAGCCUAUCAUGGUAAAUAUACCUUUGAUGCAUUCUCUCACAAGCGUUCUGUAAUGGUGCGAAAGUUAAACAUGGAAUCUCUUAACGACCUCAGAUAUCCUCCCUAUUCAGCAAAAAAGAUAAAAUACCUGGCACCUCUGCUUUUCAAAUCUGAAAAGAAGAAUCACAACUUCUUGAAGGUCUUGAUUGUUGGUGUUCUCAUGGGGCUCAUGUACAAGGUCUUUUUGAAUUCAUCAUCCAUAUCUUCCUACUUUUCCAAAUGGAAUUAG